GAUGUUAUCGUGUAUCUAGUCGGGAGCAAAUGUGUCCGGGGCGCUCUUGACGAAAAUCGGCCCAAAUAGGCUCGCCGAGCCCGCAACAACAUCCACCAUCGCCACCAACGACUCGGAGCGGGCUGCUGCUGCGCGGCAUAGCAUCUAAUGGCUGCGGAAGACGGCACCACUGUUCUAUCGGACGAGGACGAAGAAGUGUGUGCUCCCAUAAGUCUCCAUGGAACAUUGUGCAAGUGGACCAACUACAUUCACGGCUGGCAACAGAGAUACUUCGUUCUCGCGAAUAAAACGCUCAGCUACUACAAGUCCGAAAAUGAUUCCAGCUAUGGCUGCAGGGGAGCCGUCAGCAUACAGAAAGCCGUCUAUAAGCCCCAUGAGUUCGACGAGUGCCGCUUCGAUAUCGGGGUGGUCAACGGGGACAUGUGGUACUUACGGGCCGAUGACGUCGGUACGAGGAACAAAUGGCUCGAAGCCAUUGAGAGUCAUAAGAAUGCAGACAGCGCUUACGGGAGCGACAACUCCCUCAAGCGUCACGGGUCUUCGAUCUCGAUCGGUUCCACCAUGUCUCAGACAUCGGUGAGCUCGCGGAGGACUCUCAUCAAGGAGAAGCUCAGCGAGAUGGACACUUUCAAAGGCAUCCUGUCCAAGCAAGUGGACAGUAUACAGUCGUUGUACGACGGGCUUGCGGCUGUGGCUGAGAUUCCGCCCGCCGUUUCUGAUAUCGACGUGAAAGGCGAAGCGAUGACGUUCAAAGCCACAAGUCACGCACUACUCACAGCCUGCACUCAAUGUGUCGAUCUAGUUAACCAGCACGAAGAUACUUGGCGGAAGAAACUUGACAGGGAGGUUGAACGGCGCAAGAAAGCAGAGGCGGCCGUGGCUGCUGGUCAGGCCUCGGACAUCGUUCCCGCUGGCGGGGGAGGUCCGAAGAGGUCGUCUCUGAUCAAUUGUCCCGAUAUGCUAGAAGGUCCGCAUUCACUGCUGAACGAGGAAGACUUCUUCGACGCGGUAGAAGCUUUCAUAGAACAGAAUGAUCAAGAGGUCGAACAGAAACGCCAAAUCAGGAACAAAGUUCGUUUGCUACAAGAUCCCCUCCCCGAGACGGCGAAAUCUCAUCUACUCAGCAAAGAGAUCGAAGAAACCACCAACGAGCAAUUCCGGUACGCCCUCAUGGGACUCGGCGGUGAAGGAGGAUGGCAGUUGUUCGCUGAGGAUGGACUCAUGAAGAUGUAUAAACGGGAACUCGAAGUCGAUGGGCUUGUCUGCGAUCCGCUCAAAGCAGUGCAUGUAGUUAAGGGAGUCACGGCUCGGGAGAUGUGCUACUACUUCUUCGCCCCGGAAGUUCGUUACGAAUGGGAAACAACUCUAGAAUCGAUGAAUGUUGUUGAAGUGAUCGAAAAGGACAAGACCUUGGUUUUCCAUCAAAUCCACAAGCGGGUUUGGCCUGCUGCUCAGAGAGAUGCGCUCUUCUGGUCUCAUAUGGAGCAGAUGGACAAAGAAUGCAAGGCUAGCGGAGAUCAGCUCGGUCCCCCCGUCAGCGGCGACCUGUGCAGCACGUGGAUGGUCUGUAACAAGUCGUGCGACACCCCCGAAAUUCCUGUAGGGAGAUGUCUUCGGGUGUUUUUGACGGUAUGCCUCGUGGGCCAGACGUAUGUCGUCGGAGAUCCUAAGAGCGCCACUCGAGACAAGCUCACCACUCGCAUUACAUAUUGCUCGUCGAUCAACCCUGGGGGAUGGGCGCCUGCCUCUGUAUUACGUUCGAUCUAUAAGAGGGAGUAUCCAAAGUUUCUUAAAAGAUUUACCCUAUAUGUUAAAGAGCAGACCGAGAAUAAACCGAUUUUGUUCUGAUUUUACAC